GCUUGUCCCAGAACCAUCGUGUCUGCCUCUGGAUGGCGGGCAGUCUCCCCCUCCGCUCACCUCCACAAGGCUCUGUCUCCAUCUCUUCUGCCUCUUGGGGCCCCUGGUGACUACCCUCUUGGCUACUUGGGGCCACUCUUUCUGCCCUCAGUCUGUGUUCUAAGGCAGGUGGACUCAGGGGAGCGUGGCCCUGGUCCCUGGCCCUCCAUCUCCAGCGCUCUUCCCCAGGAUGCUCAUUAGAGCUCCCUGGCCUAGGAAAGGUCACUCUGACAAGCCCAGCCUAGGGGCUGAGGGAACUGGGAAGGGUCUGCAGGGAUGUUCUGUGACGGAGUGUGUCUAGCUCUGUGUUGAUGUCAGGUGUCUGCCUGUCUAAGGAGCCUGCUUGUGCUGGGAAGGUCUUGAGAGGUAGGGGCUGGUCCUUCUCUGUGGGCAGUGCAUGGUUGGGGACAGCCGGGGACACUCUGAGCUGGGUCCUCAGCUUGGGGUCUACCGCGAUUGGGGUACUUUUCUCUUCCUGUGUCCGCUCCAGGCCAGAAGAGCUGGAAUAAAUAUGUGUGUGCGUGUGUGUGUGUGUUGCUAUUCUACAGACUUCUGGGUGGCAGGACUUGGGCGGGGGUUCCUGCUUGGGGGAGGCCAAGAGGAAGAGCCUGCCCUUGCUUGUUCUACCCCGUUUUUUUUAAUUUUAUUAUUAUUUGUUUCUUUAUUUGAGAGAGGGAGAGGGGGAGAGAGAGAAAGGGAGAGCAACUGGAGGGGCAGAGGGAGAGAAUCCCCAAGCAGAUGCCCCACGGAGUGUGGGGCCUGACUCCAGGCUCAACGCAGGGCUCGAUCUCACGACCCAUGAGAUCAUGACCCAUGAGAUCAUGACCCUGAGCCAAAACCACCCAGGCGCCCCGAUUGUUCUAUCAUCUCGAAGCCCCAUGGUACUGUUUCUCGUGCCCGUUUUGCCUUUUUUUUUUUUUUUUUAAGAUUUUAUUUAUUUAUCUGACAGAGAACGAGAACACAAGCAGGGGCAGAGGGAGAGAGAGAAGCAGAGUCCCUGCUGAGCAGGGAGCCCCAAAUGGGGCUCCAUCCCGGGACCCCAGGAUCAUGAUCUAAGCCGAAGGCAGACGCUCAAGGGACUGAGCCACCCAGGCGCCUUUUUUCUUUCUUCUCUCUCUUUUUUUUUAAAUUUCUUUAAAGGAUUCAAUCCCAGGGGUUUCCCCAGAUCCCACUUUGAGAACCACUGGCCUAAUGCCAGUGGAGGUGUGAGAUCUGAAGUUUCUGGGUGUGCAUGUCUCACGUGUGAGCUGGCCGUGCCUGGGGCUCGGGGGAAGGCGGCAUUUCAGGUGGGAAGCCAGCCUGGAUGCAGACCUGGGUCUGAACCUUCAGGAUGCUUUUUGUUCUCUGGGCUGGAGAGCCUAUGGGGGUGGUCAGGGCCCGAGUUGGGGGCAUCCGGGUCAGCUGUGGGGUUUCAGGGAGGUCUGGGACGAUGUGCUGGCUGGGCUGGCUCCCAGAGCACCGCUCCUUCGCAGGCGUCUUACCUCCCGGAGGAAGCGCCCCCGCCCCCAGGCGUUUGUCCAUUGAUUUAGACACAAACGCUGAGUUCACCUUCCUGUGGAAAAAUCCGCCCUCGGGGCUUAUCUGGAGGGUGGGGUGCUGAGGCACCUUGUCCUUGGGUGGGACCUUCCCUCUCUGCUAUUUCAGGCUCUGGGAGCCACAGGAAGCCUUAGGAGGGGGCUUCCUCUGGGCGUAUUUUUAGAGGAACAAAGUGGGGCCUGACUGGCAGGGGCUCUGUGGUAGGGGCCAGCCUGGGGACCGGGACUCCAGGAUGUCAGGGGAGGCCCAGGGGACAGGGCGACCCCCUCCCUCCCAGCCAGAGACCUGAUGUCUAACUGGCUGAGCUCAGAGGGUCCGAUGGAAGAGCCAGGCCUCGGCUGACCUCCCCAGGACCGAUUGGCGGUCAGGGUGCCUGGGAGGGUGGUUCUUGCCUGCGGCAGGCAGGACAACCGGCUGGGAUGGAUGUGGUUUGCUCUAGUGCAGGAUGUCAGCCCCCGGGGGCCCCGUGGGAAGUAAGGGCCAAGCUGGGACUCAGGGCCCCGCAAGUCACUCCUGUCCUCUCAGCUCCUUUUCCUCCGUCCCGGCUGGGCUGUGGGAGGUGGGGCGGGGAGGACACCGAUGGGGCGGCCCCUCCCAUUGGGGUGCUGUGGGGUCCUAGUCAGUGGUGACUCAGCCCCAGGCCAGAGCAGGCUGGGCAGGCUGAAGCUGCAGUCCAGCUGAUCCUGACAGUGACGAGAGGGACAGCCCCCAAACAGAUGGGGCAGCCUGCGGUACCAGGGCCGUGGAGGUGGGGACAGAGCCUGGGCCCCCACUGCCCGUUCUAGAGGCCCUUAGGGUCCGAGCGUGAGCGAGCGAGGGAGUGAGAGUCCUGCAGGGGGUGACCGCCUGGUGUGGGAGCCUCGUACCUACGGGAAGGCUCUGGGAGCCUCAGCAGGACUGUCUUAUGCUCCGGCGCCGGGGACCCCUCCCUUGCCUCCCUGUCUCCCCAGCCCCGGGUCCUGGGAGCAGGGCAGGGCCUCCCAGCAGCUUCCUUCCUUCCUUUCUUGGGACUGAAACCUAGCCAGUAUGGGGUGCCUAGCUGGGGCCUGAGCAGGGGAGGGGGACCCAGACACCACCCUGCUCCCCAAAGUGACUCAGCCCCCAUGUCCCCACCCAUCCCUGGGGAGCCGGGGCCGCUGUGGGAGGUGGAUAAAUGGGGUGGUGGCCUGGGCUGGCCGGAGACUUCAGGCCACUCUGGCUGGACGCUCGGUGCCUGCCACUUCUCUCCUGCCUCCCAUGGCCCGCUCUGGGGAUGCCACACCACCGGCACCAGCCCCAGGAGCCCCUCCGAAGAGACCAUCCUGGGGACUUGUGCAGGAUGUCAGUGGGCCCCCGAGGGAGCUACGCCCUCGGCUGUGCCACCUCCGAAAGGGCCCCCAAGGCUACGGGUUCAACCUGCACAGUGACAAGUCCCGGCCGGGACAGUAUAUCCGCUCCGUGGACCCAGGCUCACCUGCUGCUCACUCUGGCCUCCGCGCCCAGGACAGACUCAUAGAGGUGAACGGGCAGAAUGUCGAGGGGCUGCGCCACGCAGAGGUGGUUGCCAGCAUCAGGGCGAGGGAGGAUGAGGCCCGGCUGCUGGUGGUGGACCCUGAGACGGACGAGUACUUCAAGCGGCUCCGGGUCACGCCCACUGAGGAGCAUUUGGAAGGUCCACUGCCAUCACCAGUCACCAAUGGGACCAGCCCUGCCCAGGUCAACGGUGGCUCAGCGUGCUCGUCUCGAAGUGAUCUGCCUGGCUUAGACAAGGACACUGAGGUAGACAGCAGCACCUGGAAGCGGGACCCCUUUCAGGAGAGUGGCCUCCACCUGAGCCCCACGGCGGCCGAAGCCAAGGAGAAGGCGAGAGCCACCCGGAUCAAUAAGCGGGCACCACAGAUGGACUGGAACAGGAAACGCGAGAUCUUCAGCAACUUCUGAGCCCCUCCCUGCCUGUUUGCACGGCCCACAGGCCUCGCCCCACAGGCCCAGCCCAGAGUUCCCCAAGCCUCAGUGGACUGGAGGGAGUGCCUCCUCACCCCCAGAAGCCGUGCUGGUCCCACCACCACCCAGGAACCAAUGUGCGCCCCAGUGAGCCCCGUCCUGCCCCCCUACCUGCUGGGUGCUGGAUAGGGGAGAGGGGGCCCCCCUGAGAUAGAAGAGAGGGACAGAGAGAGGCAGUGGUGACCGUGGGCCCGGCCCUUUUGCUGCUCUGCCCGGGCCUGCUGACUUAAAGGAAUUUGUGUUUUUGCUUUUCUUCCAAAAACAAAAAAAGAGAGAGAGCUCCAGUUCCACACAUGUUUCCACUUAAUACCAGAGUCCCGCCCCCGCCCCUGCCCCCGCAGGACGCCUCUCUAAGUAAUUGCAAUAAAACAAACCUUUCUCUGCAAACCAUUUCCUCCCCACCCUUCAGCAGCAGCCAUCCCAAGUGGGCGCCCCGGGCACUUCCAGGGACAGAGGAAAACGUAGGGGGGCCAGACUGUGGUUGUGGGGGCUUCAGCGUGACACUGGGGAGGCCAGAUGUGGCUGUAGGAGCUGCCCCUCUGCCCCCUCCCUGCUGGGAGCAGGGGUCACCAGGCCAGGCCCCCAUGUCCCUACUCAACUGUGGUCUGGGGCAUGGGGCCUGGGCUCCAGGGGCCCGAAGAUGGAGGCCCUGUGUCCCAGAAGAGGGUGGUCUCCGGACAGGCCUCUUGUCCCUGCGCCACAGCCGCGAGGCAUGGGGAGUGUGGCUGUGGGAGAGCUUGCCUGCCCCCAGGAGACCCCCACCCACUCUCCCUUUCCUGCUGGCCCCGGCUGACAUUGCUGUCUGCCCCGUAAGCCAUAGCGCAUGCGCGCCCUCCUAAUAAACAGGCCUUCCUCAGA